AUGGUGGCGGGGAAGGUGAGGGUGGUGGUGGAGACUUAUAGAGAUAAGGUGGAUGCUCUUUGUGUUUCGGCAAUGGCAAGUUCUUGUAGAGAUAAGGUGAAUCCUUUUUGUGUUUCAGCUGUGGUGGAGACUUGUAGAGAUAAUGAGGAUGCUCUACAUUUUGCGGCGGCGGGGGCGACGCGUAGAUGUCGAUUCCCGACCGAAGAUCAGGAACUAAUCUUGUGGCCCACCGUCCCAAAAGAUUGGAAUAGGCCUGUUUCGCCGCCUCACGCCUCCGUCGAACCCCCGCACCAAAAACCCCCCUCCCUCACUUUCUCUCUCCAUUUUCCUAGAAUUUUCUCGCCUCUCCUUUCCGUCGCUUUCCCGAGAAAACGCACGCGGCCUGGCGAAUCCGAUGGCCUCCCGAUUCGCCCUCCGCCUCCGCCCUCACCUCGGCCGCGCCGCCGCCGCCGCCGCCCUUCCGCGCCCCGCCGCGCCCACCUCCGCCCUCGGAUCUCCCCGCCGCUCCUCUCCCCAAUCUCCGGCCUCUACGCCCUCCCGCGCGACUGCCCGAGCUCGAUCGCCGCCCUCCGGUUCCUCUCCACCGCCCGGCACGUCCCGGCCCGGCCCAAGCACGUGGACAUCGGCGCGCGUGCCCGCCAGCUCCAGAACCGGCGGCUCUGGACCUACGCCCUGACUUUCAGCUGCAUCGCCGGGUUCAUCGUGAUCGUGCUGAACCAGUUUCAGGACCAGCUGGUGUUCUACGUGACCCCGUCGGAUGCGAUGGAGAAGUACUCCGCUAACCCUACGAAGAACAAGUUUAGGCUGGGCGGAUUGGUUCUGGAAGGUUCCGUCGCGCAGCCCGCUUCCUCGGCGGUGAUGGAGUUCGUUAUCACCGAUUUGAUCACUGACAUUUUGGUCAGGUAUCAAGGUUCGUUACCAGACUUAUUCAGGGAAGGGCAUUCUGUGGUGGUCGAAGGGUUUGUGAAACCAUUCUCUGAUGAAAUAAGGAAGGAGGUAUCUUCAAAGUCGGUGGGGAAAGCAAGGAGUGCGGAAUGUUAUUUUGCGGCGACGGAGGUUCUAGCUAAGCACGACGAGAAGUACAUGCCCCAGGAGGUCGCUGCUGCAAUCGAGAAGAAUAAGAAGAUGAUUGAAGCGGGGGAGAAUACAGUUGCAGGAGCUAAUGCAUCAUAAGUCAUUGAUUGCUGGUUGAUUUUUUGUGACAGCCAACACCAAAGUAUUUUUCCAAAUAAUAAGGUGAUUCGGGCAUGGGAGACUUUUGAAGGAUCUAAACCAUCAUAGGCAAUUGGUAUUUGGUAUAAUCUUGAUUUUAAUUUAGGUGUAGCUGAUAAUGUUCAUUGACACAUUCGAUUUUUGUUCACUGCGGCGAUUCCUUGCUGUUCUUAAAGAGUAGCAGUUAAUCACAUGGACUACGGUAGUUCAAGUAGUUGGAGAGUCUUUUGGUUGAUACCUAGGUGUAUGAAGUAAGUUAUUCUUUGUAAUUAGGCAGAGAUUUCAUAUCAAGGUGCCAAACAUCAAAUUUUGCCGAUGUAAUAGCUCAUUGUAUUUUUUUUAUUGUCCCCAAAUUGGGGAGGUGAGUACCCUGGUGGUAUACAUAUAUGAUCUAUGUAUAACUGAUUGCAAACUAUAUGUUUUGCAGAGUCAUCUCUUUCUUGUAAUAAAAGUUCAGUGUCAGUGUUCUUGUUA